GGAGGCUUUGGUUAUGUCGUCGAUACCCAUUACUGUCUUCACUGGAUUCUUGGGAGCUGGAAAGACCUCCGUAAUUCUUUCGCUCCUUCCCCAGCUACCAAAGAACUACAAGGUGGUUUUGCUGAAAAAUGAGUUUGGUGACAUCCAAGUGGACAGCCAGCUUGCAAAGCAAUCCAGCUUAGCUGCAGUCAGCGAGAUACUGAAUGGAUGCAUGUGUUGUGUACUGGUUGGCCAAAUGCAGACAGCUUUGCUGGAAAUCAGAGAACGCUUUCGUCCCGAUCGUAUCUUCAUAGAAUGCUCGGGAUCUGCUUUUCCUGCCACGCUAGCUUUUCAGAUACGGGAGUUGGAGCGCGAAACGAAGAAUGAUCUCAAGUUAGAUGCCAUUGUCACUGUCAUAGAUGCGGAAAACUUCACAGGCUACGAAGACACGUCUCCAACGGCAAGAAUGCAAGCCAGUUAUUCUGACAUCAUACUCAUCAACAAGUGGGAACACGUUUCUGAACGUGCAUUGGACUUGGUUGUGGACCAUCUAAACACACUAAAUGAUCUGACACCAAAGAUACGGUGCAAAGGUCGGAAUGGUGUGGAUCCCAAUGUCCUUUUUGGACUUGACACAAAAUUAUUUAUGGAUAACGAGCAAUAUGGAGAGCAUUUUACUGGAUUGGAUCAUCAUCAUGAUGAGGUAGAGACCGUCACGUUGUAUAGAGGCUCGGAUAAUCACCAUACCCACUGCGCCGGCUGCGAGUGCGAUGGAGAUUCAAAAAUAUCCACAUCAAGCGGAGAAGAAUCCCACCAAGCGCCAGACAGCAUACAAGAAGAAGUGCUCAGAGAGGCUCUGGAAACAUUGUCGAAGGAGACGGUUUGGCGAGUGAAAGGAUUUGUACGGUUGACAACCGGAAUAUAUAUCUUGAAUUGGGCAUUUGGAAGGUUUGACCUCACACAGACAAAGGCCGUGGAUCAUAUAAGUGGAGCAUCGAUUAGAUGGACUGUGAUGGGGGAGCGGGGGGAGGUGAAGAGGGCUGUUCGAAAAAUAUGCCAAGUGCUGUUGGUAGAGAUAAGAUAACAGGCGAUUACAUAAUAAAGCAAUUUGACACCGAUAAG